GUUCAUGUUUAUGCUGAUGUUCUUCUACUAUAAUUGAUUGUAAUUUUACCAAUUCAAUUUAAUGUUGUUUGUUGUUCAUGUUAUUCGUACCAAUUAUUUCAAUUUGAUGUAAUUUGGUUUGUUGGUCUAUGAUUCUUUGAAAAAUUGGAAUGAAAUCUACAAUUUUGGCUUGAUUGCCAUAAACUAUCAAGAAUUUAAAUUAAAAUUCCUAUAUAUUCAUAAAGAGGAAAUAUAGAAUCUGGGAUUUGUUUGAAUUCAAUAACAUUGAGUUGGGGUGAAGCUUGAAGCCUAUAAUGUUAGCAUUAUGUAGGAAUUAUGGGGUGAAAGCUUAGUUAAACUGAUGACUAAGGUCUCCUUUCUCGCUUCAAUCGCUACGAUUAUCUAGUAAAUGGCUCUAUGCAUUGUAUUCAUUGGAAGAGAGUAGGAAAGGUGAUGAUUUCUGCAAAUUUGCCGCGAAUUGAUGCAUUAGUCUUGGGUUAGAGACUUAGAGUAUCUUGUUUGAGUAGAGAUUCACAUAACUUUUGCUAUAUAUAGUGAUAACUAAUGUUUGAAGUCCAAUGUCUUUAAUAAUCUAGAGUACCGUUUUAAUGCGUAGGAGCUUUGUAAGAAGUAUAUUAGGCCUUCUUUGCUCCGCCUCUAGGAACGAAUGGAUCUAACUUUCACUCAAGAGUUUAAAUGCCAACUAUCUUGCUUUUUCUCUGAGCGGGAGGGAGUUCAUAACAGCUGAUAUUGAUAUAAACAGCAAGUCAAAAUACAGUAAAGAGAUCAAAAGAUUAAAAUAAAAUUUCAAGGUGUUGAUAUUACUAUUGUUUGGUUGUAUCUUAUUUGCGUACAUUAUUUUUUUUUUUUUGGACAUGAGACAUCAUUAACACCUAACCUUGGUUUUAUUGCUUUUCUGAAUGAUUUUAUUUUUCAAGUCUAAUAAGUCUUCUCAGUCAACAUUAAAAAAUGGUUAGUGUUUCAUGACUUUCAUCAGAAUCUGUUAGAGAUGAAAGCUACCAGGUCAUCAAGUGACAGUAAGUCUCUUUUAAUCGCAAGUUUAACUGAUUGAUUAUGCUCAUGUUUAUGCUGAUGCUCUUCACUCCAAUUUUACCAAUUAAAUUUAAUCUGGUUUGUUGCUCAUGUUAUUUGUACCAAUUAAUUGUAAUUUGGUUUGUUAGUCAAGAUUCUUUGAAAAAUUGAAAUAAAAUUUACUAUUUUAGCAUGAUUGUCAUAACUCAUAACUAUCAAGAAUUUAAUCUACAAUUCCUUAAUAUUAGCUGCUGGAAUGUUCUUGAGAGAAUAUGUUUGAUUCUUGACAACCACCACCAAAUAUUCUUCUAGGACCACCUUGGACUUUUUUAAAUACAACAAUAUAAAAGUUAACAAAAUAUAUAUUUAAAUGAAGAAGAGAGACCAUGCAUUUUGAUUGGUUGUUACUUUUGUUAGCCUUUCAUUUUAUCUAUUAUAAAUACAGCAGUCAGCAGAUGUAUGCAUUUCAUACCAAAUAUCCCUUAUCUCACAAUUUUAAACUUAGGUUACUACAUAAGAUGGUUGUAUCAUCUGUUCCUCGUAUGGAACUAGAAUUACCACCAAAACCUGUUCAAGAGCUAAUUACGGCUACAAGCAAAGAAAUUCCUGAAAGAUUUAUUUAUCAGCUUCCAAACAAAGAAGCUGAUGAUUAUUCUGAUAUUCAAUAUAUGGAUAGUAACAUAAUUGAUCUUAGCCUCCUUAAUGAUUCAUCAUCAAACUUGCAUGAACUAGAAUUGCAAAAACUCCGAUCCGUUCUUGCUUCAUGGGGAGGUUUUCAGCUUAUAAAUCAUGGUGUAUCAAGCUCCUUGCUACACCAAAUCCGUGAAAUUUGGAAGGAAUUUAUUGCUCUUCCUCUUGAAGUGAAGCAGAAACAUUGCAGAACACUGGAUUGGUAUGAGGGCUAUGGAGGUGAUAAAGUUUCUGAGGAUCAAAGGUAUAAUUGGAAUGAUAGACUGCGUUUCAAGGUUCACCCUCUUCAUCAGCGUAAUUACAAAAUUUGGCCUGAAUUCUUACCAACUUUCAGGGAAACAUUGGAGGGGUACACCAUGGAGGUAACAAGAGUAUUAGAAGUGAUUCUGAAAGCUACUGCAAAAUCGCUAAAUUUAGAGGAAAGCAGCUUCUUGAAUGCAUGUGGAGGAAAAGACGGUAUACAUAUGUUCACAAGAUUCAACUUUUAUCCUCCAUGCCAUUCCCCAGAACAUGUUUUAGGUAUCAAACCACAUUCUGAUGGUUCAGCAGUUACCAUUCUUCUACAAGACAGUGAAGUCGAAGGUCUUCAAGUUGAGAAAGAUAAUCAAUGGUUCAAAGUUCCCAUUGUUCCUGAUGCCCUCUUCAUCAAUAUUGGUGAUCAGUUGGAGAUAACGAGUAAUGGUAUAUUAAAGAGUGUAGUGCACAAAGUGGUGAUAGAUAAGGAAAGAGGAAGGACGUCGGUGGCUAUGUUUUGUGCUCCACACCCAGACAAAGACAUAGGACCACUCUGUGAGCUUAUUGACAAGGAAAGACCCCAAUUAUACAAUACUGUCAAAAAUUAUUUUGGUGAUUUAUUCUUUCAGUACUAUCCGAAAGGAGAAAGAUCCAUAUCUACUGUGAAACUCUAAAAAUGGAACGAUCCAAGUUUAUAUGUUGUGUCAGAAACAAGUAAUUGUGUAUUUUAAUAACGUACAUAAUUCAUCGAAAAUAAGAUAGUGUACAUUAGGCUUUGCUUUGCUUAAUGAGGAUGAGCAGCUGUAAUUGUUUUUUGGGUUGUCUGUCUCUGCUUUGUAUCUUGUACUUCAGAUAUGCAAUUUAAGCUUUGGUGUUAAAACCUCAA